CCGGACGUGUUGUGUUGUCGUACAGCGCGUUUGCUGCUGAGGAAAACGUGUGAACGUCUGUGGAAAUCACUCGUUUUAUCGUAGGAAAUUGAUUUAUUUGUUGCAUUUCUCCGGAUUUCUCGCGUUAAUAAACAGAACCAAACGGACGUCAUUUCUCGGGAUAAUCUCCCGAAACCAGAAACCAUGAAGAAGAAACUCAAGAAGAGCGUUUCCGCCCUCGGUGACGAGGCGUUGUCGGGGCAACCGGCAGCUGACUACGAGGUGGGUCAGGUGUCAGGAAGUUUGUUCAAGAAGAAAUCCGCAGCCUCCGGGUCGCUGUCGACCUUAUUCAGCACCGCUGCACCGGCGGCGGCGCUUCUGUUUCAGCCUGCGCCCAAGCCUGUUCAGAAGAGCACAGAAGCAACGGAGCAACAGAAGGAAACUCCAGAGGUCAAAGUUCAGCCCAGUCAGACGCAACUUAAGCAGAAAUCAGACGCCGACCAGCAGCUGGAAAACAGGGAGAUCAGCUUACAGAACGCAGACGAGGACGAGCAAGGGAAGGCGGCCUCCGCUAAAGCCAAGAAGAGGAAAGCGCCGGAGCCGGACGCAGGCAACAGCACGGAGCACUGGGUGCUGAAGAGGCAGAAGCAGAAGGCCCAGAAGGAGGAGGAGGCCGUAAAGAACAAGAGGACGGUGUUUGUUGGCAACCUUCCCUCCAGCUGCUCCAAGAAGAUGCUGUGCGCCCUCUUUAAAGAGUUUGGAUCCAUCGACUCGAUCCGCUUUCGCUCUGUGGUCAGAGAGGAUCCCGGCAUGUCCCGCAAAGUAGCCUCCAUCCAACGCAAAGUCCAUCCCCAAAAGACCAGCGUGAACGCCUACGUGGUGUUCUGCAGCGAGGACGCGGUCGCCCUCGCGCUGGAGAGGAACGGCCUGGAGAUCCAGAAGAACUUCCACAUCCGGGUGGACAGGGUGGCGGACGCAUCCGCGCACGACAACAAGCGCUCCGUGUUCGUGGGGAAUCUGACCUUCGAGAUGAACGAACUGGCCCUCCGGCAGCACUUUGAGGACUGUGGCAAAGUGGAGGCCGUACGACUGGUGCGGGACCAGAACUCUGGCUUCGGGAAAGGAUUCGGUUACGUCCUGUUUGAGAGCUCCGACUCCGUGCAGCUGGCGCUGGAACUGGACGGCACGACACUGGACGGCAGACCCCUCCGGGUGAGGAGGGCGGAGAAACAGACGAAUAAAAGUGGGGGCAAAGGGAGGCCCGUGAAGGGCCCCGUGAAGGGCCCCGUGAAGGGCCCGGGUCAGGAGAGAGCAGCCGGUUGGGCAGGUUUCAAGUCUAAAAAGAAUUUCUCCGGAAACCAGCAGAAUUCGACCAAGAGCUCCACCUCGUUCAGGGGAGAGAUGGUGGAUCCCAACAAAAAGAGGCAGAAGAAAGUACUGAAGAAGAAGAAGAAGAGGCCGAAGCCCAAAAAGAAAGUUCAUAUCUGAUACGCGACCUGCAUCUCGUAGAAGUAGAAACGGUGUGAGGACCAAUCAAAAGUCAAAGGAUAAACCAAGAGGAAUGAAUGACUGUGUCAUUGAUGUGGAUCAGUGCCACAUGCACCUUUGGAGACGUGACGUCCCCACAAAUAAAGACACAAGAGAAAGGACAGAAGACCAGCUCUAGAUGUUUGUUGGCUGCCUCACAUUUCAUUAUUCACCUGAUGUAUGAAUUUUGUGUCGUCCUUCACGUGAAUGAAAAUAACAUAAAUUGCUGCAUAACGAAGUGACCACUGCUUGUCCCUGCUUCUCAUGCUAAGCUAAGCUAACCGCAUUCUGCCUCUAGCUUCAUAUUUAACACGGAUGUGCUAAUUAUUGAUCUUCUCUCCUGUAACUUUCUGUAAGAAAAUCAAUAAACACGUUUCCUCAUAUGUGC